CAUUUUCUCUUCAUCUGCGCUUGUAUCACAGCUUUACAGACACUUUAAGGGAGAAAUCAGAAGGAACAUUUAAAAGUUAUGUAUUUUAUCUUCAGUUCUACUUUUUUCCAAUUUCACAAAACAACCUUUUGGUCGUCUUAAAACAUAAUUUUUCCUUUUUCUUGUUUUAUUUAUUUAUUUUAAAUUUUUUCUUGUAUCAUGGCUUGUGGAAUAGGACCGCAGAGCGGAAGGGUAAAAUGGCGCUUUGGCUUCACACAGAAUUUGCUGCGUUAUUUUCUCCUUUGUCACCUCGUCUUUUUUGUUACGGGACAUAUCAGAUAUUCGAUCCCAGAGGAGAUGAGAAAAGGCUCCCUGAUCGGUAAUGUCGCACAGGACCUUGGCUUGGAUCUGAAAAGGCUCCGUUCUGGGCGGGCCCGCAUCGUGAGCGCUGAGAGCGUCCAGUACGUCGAGCUGAAGGCAGACAAAGGGAUUUUAACAGUGAAGGAGAGAAUCGACCGAGAGCAGCUUUGCGGUGGCACAACGCCGUGCAGUUUCAGCUUUGAGAUGAUUCUAGAAAAUCCUAUGGAGCUGCAUCAAAUUACGGUUGAGAUUACAGAUAUUAAUGAUCAUUCGCCCACGUUUGAAACAGAAAAAAACAAUUUUGACAUCAGCGAAUCGGCUACGGCUGGAGCUCGUUUUUCACUGACUAGUGCAGAAGACCCCGAUGUGGGUGUGAACGGUUUGAGGGAAUAUUUCUUAAGUGAAAAUGAUAAUUUCAUUCUUAAGCAACAUUCAAAUGCAGAAGGAAAGAAAUAUGCAGAGAUGGUGCUUGAGAAGCCUUUAGACCGAGAAACAAAGCCUAAUCUGUUUUUGAAACUAAUCGCUGUGGACGGAGGAACUCCUCAGAGAUCUGGUACUGUAAAUAUUAAUGUUGUUGUUCUUGAUGUUAACGAUAAUGCACCUGUUUUCAAUCAAACAGUAUAUAAGGCGUCUGUUUCCGAAAAUGCUCCCAAAAACACGUAUGUUACCACUGUUAAUGCCAGUGAUGCAGAUUUCGGGUCAAAUAGUAUUGUUACAUUUCAUUUUUCAGAUGGCAAUAGUGCUCUAAAUAGUUUAUUUAGGAUGGAUCAAAUUUCUGGAAUGAUCUAUAUAAACGGUGAAAUUGAUUAUGAAAAGGACAAAAAGUUUGAACUCAGAAUUAAUGCAAAAGAUCAAGGUGGGUUGACAGAUUCAAGUAAAGUGGUGAUUGAAGUAAUAGAUUUAAAUGAUAACCCGCCUGUAAUAAGCGUAAUGUCAUUCACUGAUGCUGUGUCAGAGGACUCUCCCCCGGGGACAACUGUUGGUAUUAUUAACGUGAAAGACCUGGAUUCGGCUGAUAAUGGACAGGUGAGCUGCAAAAUUGAAGGAACUGUGCCUUUUAAGAUCAAGUCCAAUCUAAAAAAUUACUAUAAUCUGAUAACUGAUUCUGUAUUAGAUCGUGAAAGCGUUUCAGAGUAUAACAUUACUGUUGUUGCUACAGAUGCUGGAAUACCUCCUCUCUCAGCUAAAAGUACUUUUAACCUAAAAUUGUCUGAUGUGAAUGACAACGCUCCAACUUUUUCGCAGAAUGUUUACAGCGCCUUUAUAAAAGAGAAUAACUCUCCAGGUUUGUCUGUUCUCACACUAAUAGCCAAAGAUCCUGAUGCAAACCAAAAUGCUCGCGUAUCAUAUAUUUUAGAGGACAUAAAUGUUGGUGGAUCUCCAAUAUCUGAAUAUGUUUCUAUAAAUGCAGCAAGUGGAGUCAUACAGGCAGUGCGCUCAUUUGAUUACGAACAAAUUAAAGAAUUACUUUUCGUUGUCAAAACACAGGAUGGAGGCUCUCCUCCACUCAGCAGCAACGUGACUGUGAAAAUCCUGAUCCAGGACCAGAACGAUAACCCUCCUCAGGUUCUGUACCCGGUCCAGACUGGUGGCUCUGUGGUAGCUGAAAUGGUGCCUCGUUCAGCAGAUGUGGGCUACCUGGUGACUAAAGUGGUGGCUGUAGAUGUGGACUCUGGACAGAACGCCUGGCUCUCCUAUAAACUGCAGAAAGCCACAGACAGGGCGCUGUUUGAAGUGGGCUCACAGAAUGGAGAAAUAAGAACAAUCCGUCAGGUGACUGAUAAAGAUGCUGUGAAACAGAGACUGACUGUGAUAGUGGAGGACAACGGGCAGCCCUCUCGUUCAGCUACAGUCAUUGUUAACGUGGCGGUGGCAGACAGCUUCCCUGAAGUGCUGUCCGAGUUCACUGACUUUCCUCACGAUAAGGAGUACAAUGACAACCUGACUUUUUACCUGGUCUUGGCUCUGGCUGUGGUCUCCUUCCUCUUCAUCACGUGUUUAGUGGUUAUUAUAUCAGUCAAGAUCUACAGAUGGAGACAGUCUCGCAUCCUGUAUCACUCCAACCUCCCUGUGAUUCCAUAUUAUCCUCCACGUUACUCAGACACUUUGGGAACAGGGACUCUGCCGCACGUGUACAACUACGAGGUGUGCAGGACCACUGACUCCAGAAAGAGUGACAAUAAGUUUGGAGGAGCUGGUGGUCAGAACGUGUUGAUAAUGGACCCCAGUUCCACAGGAACCAUGCAGCUGAUACAGAGCGAGAAGAACAUCCUGGAUGAACCUGACUCUCCUCUAGAGGUGAGCAGCUGUGAUUACUAUCAAAGAGCAUUUCUUUAUUGUAUUGAUGAAUCAAUUUUGCAUGUAUAUAUGAGCAAUAUUGAUAUGGCUUUUGCUGUUUUCAGCACUACAGUAGGGACAGCUCCUGUCCUUAGUGAUUUCUUCUGAAUAUGUGUUACUGAUUUUUAAUACCUUAGAGCUAUAAA